CAACCAACAGCCAAACGCUGCCUACAGAUUCUUCGCUUGUGGACGUGCAAACGCAGCCUCGUUUGCCUGAAACUCUACAAGGGUUUAUCCUUUUGUCCCUUUUCCCUCUGCAGUUUAGUCUUGUCACACAGAGCGGAGAUGAAUCGGAGCUCGGCUGCAGUUUUCCCGAAAGAUGGCUCUCAGCAAACGGAACCAACAGAUGUUUGCUUUUGCCAUGAGCCAACAGGCCCAGAGCCUGAUUCAUAUUUUUCCCUCCUUCAUCGCGCCCCUCACUACUCUCUUCGCGUCAAAGGGGCGCGCCUAUAUCUUCCAGACAUUUCUCCACCGUUGCCGCCGACUCCUCUCGACCUCUGACACGAACCUCGCACCUUAUAUGCCAUGAAUCCCAACCCCUGCGAGGCACCAGCCCUCUACGAUGACGUUGGGGUCAGUGACGCACAUCCAGAGGUGCAAAAAUGCGUCGAUCGAAUCUACAAGGCAUGUGGGAAAUAUCCCUGGGACUGGCUGCCACGCGAUUACGUCCCCAAGGUCGCCGCUUGGGGGACCAACGCCGCGCUGAACCUUGCCCUUGCCGUUGAAACUGUUCACACCGAGGGAUCAAGGGUUACCAUGGACGAAUUGCGCGAUUUCCUGGUUCAAAAGGCCAAGGAGCGCCAGGAAUCGAGCAAGAAUGGCAAGCCAGCCAGACUUACCAUGAACUUGGAUUGCGCGAAGGCUAGAAAGUGGAUUGAAAGCAAGACGUCCAACUCCCAAAACACAUUGAAACAGAACAAGCCAAACCCGGUGAAACGCGAUGCCGUCGUUCGGCAAGCGAGAGCGAUGACAGGGCGCUGGCUCAGUACAGCUUACAAGAGGCAACCCCAGGACAAGCUUGACGACGAUGAUGGCGACGAAUCACCACCAGAGAUUGACUACGAUAGAGAAAUGAGUGUUCUCAGCGAUAUCAGCAACGUAAGCAGUGCAAUCGGUCCAUCCGAUCGGCGCCAGCCUUCCCUUCCUCCACCGCCCGAUAGGACUUCGACUCUUAAGCGGCACAUGCUUCCUCCACCCUCGCCGCUCCCCAGAAAACGCUCGCGACAGGUCGAACAAUUCGUAUCGAACAAUAACGACAACUCCAAGGAAACCUCCACCUCAUUUGAUGCUGAUGAUGAAUCUGGUCUCAGUCAAACUGAAGCUGCCCAUUUAUUUGCCAUCAAUAGCAGUCUUCGAACAUCAAGCGAAAGGACCCAAACUGCUGAAUUCUGGAGCAAAGUAUACGAACAGGAGAUACACAAUAUCCGAAAGAAUUUGCCUUCAAUCAACGCGGAAGAAGUCAAGCACGUCCUGCAAAAAGCCGCCAGAGAGCGAGACGAAAAACAGGACGAGCUCAGACAAUUAGAGGAGGUAUUCAACAGCCUCGCCACGAUAAUUGAGAGCAAGGGGGGAAAUUGUUCAGAAAAGCUACUUGCUUUUUACAACGGCUGUAUCCUGGAAUGCGAAAACGCAAAAGCGGUGCUUAAAGGCGCUGAAGACACUUUGAAAGCGAUGGAAGAGGAAACCCAGAAGACCAGCAAGACACAUCAACAUGAACAAGAAAAGAUCAUGACUUUAGAGAAGGACAUAUCCAAACAGGAAGAGAUCAUCAAGGCGGAGACGAGAAGAAGUAAAGUACUCCAGACGAGCCGGUUUUAUCUGCAUUUCAUCGAGAAACUUCACUCUGCAUCGGACGAAGUGGUGGAUCAAGAGUACAAUGCGACGGUGGGAAAGCAAGAGAAUAUGUUGUAGAGCGACAUUGGUUGUUACAGCACCUGGUGAAGUCUGGAGUAUUGGUUUUUGGUCUUGUUGCUGUUCGGUUGUGACAGCAACUAAGGAAGUCUGGAGUAUGCUCAAGCAUUAUUACUGGGUUCGGGUUCUUUUUUCGAGAGCGAUUACGUUGUCAAACUCUUUAUGUGGCGAAUGAUUGGUACUGGUACAGGGACUUGGUAACUCAUUUCGAGAUGGAGAAC